AUGGAAAAUGAUCCAACUAUUGUUUAUCAAAAGAAUCCUUCAGUGAUGUUUAAUGGCCGAAUGUUGGUUGGACCAGAACCACGGCCACUAAUAACAGAUGGCAAAGAUGUUGCUAGCACUUCAGAGGAAGUGGAACAGCCACUGUUACUAACUACAAAGGAUGGUGAAAUCUCCUUACUAGCUGAAGAAGUGUAUCUUGCCGUUGAAAGAACCAAGUAUGAAAUCCCAAACAAUUACAGCCAAGUUUUAGCUAGUGAGCAGAAAGUGAAAUGGCUAAUUGCUAUUUUAAAUGAGCUCACUGCCUUAAAAAUCAACAAAGUAUACGAAGAGGUUGAUUAUGUCGAAGGCAUGAAGACUGUAAAUUCCAGAUGGGUCUUCAGUGUUAAGCCAAAGCCAGUGAAGAAGUAUUCAAAGCUCGUUUGGUGUGUAAAGGUUUUUCACAAGAAAGGGGAGUGA